AUGGGGAAACUAGAUGGUAAAAUCGCCCUAAUUACUGGUGGUUCUGACGGUAUUGGUUUGGCUACUGCUCAGCGUUUCAUCGCCGAAGGUGCAGAACAUGUCUUUAUCACUGGACGUCGACAACAAGCACUUGACGAUGCCGUGAAAAAAAUCGGUGUCAAGAAUGUCACUGCAGUACAAGGUGAUACAUCCAAUAUGGCCGAUCUUGACAAACUGUUCAAUGUCAUUCAGAAAGAGAAGGGUCGUUUAGAUAUUAUCUUUGCCAACGCAGCUACUUGCACGUUUGCACCGUUGGGUACAAUAACUGAAAAACAUUUUGAUGAUACAUUCAAUGUCAAUGUGAAAGGAGUGUUAUUCACCGUUCAAAAUGCUUUACCACUGUUGGUCGAUGGCGGAUCAAUUAUCCUAAACGCAUCAACUUCCUCCAUCCAGGGGGAUCCAGCUUUGAGUGUGUACUGUGCUACAAAAGCAGCUGUUCGCUCUUUUGCGCGUUGCUGGACAGUCGAUUUAAAAGAGCGUAAGAUUCGAGUGAAUACUUUGAGUCCAGGCGCAAUCGACACACCUUUAUUGCGAAGUCUCGGAACAAGUGAAGAAGAAAAUAAAAUGUUCAUGGCCAGUUGGCAAGCAGCUACACCAAUGAAUCGCAUUGGCACGCCGGAUGAAAUUGCCAAAGUCGUAGUCUUUCUCGCUUCGGACGAUAGCAGUUAUGUUACAGGCAUCGAGCUUUUUGUUGAUGGGGGCUUAGCACAGAUCUGA